AUGGAGAAAAGCGCCAGGGAACAGCCGGAGCAGCACGGGCACGUCAAAUGCGCCCACGUGGAUCCCGAUGACGUCUUAACGAAGGAAGAGCAGAUCCUGCUCCUGCUGAAAGCCAAGGCCAAGUGUGACAGACACAUGCAAGCGAGGGGGACCCAGGUGCCAGAUGGAUUUUGUGCCCCCGAGUGGGACAACCUCAUUUGCUGGCCCCAGGGCCCCCCCGGGAAAGUGGUCUCCAUGCCCUGCCCAGAUUACAUCUACGACUUCAACCAUGAGGGUUAUGCCCAUCGGCAGUGUGAUCUGAACGGCAGCUGGGCGUUGGUGCUCAAUCAGAACCGUACCUGGGCAAACUAUACCGAAUGUGCCAAGUUUCUUGUCAUCGACAGCACGGAAAAGGAAGUUUUUCAUCGGCUUUAUGUGAUUUAUACCGUUGGUUAUUCCAUCUCGCUGGGAUCGCUGACAAUUGCGGUUAUGAUCUUAGCUUAUUUCCGACGUUUGCACUGCACCCGGAACUAUAUCCACAUGCAUCUAUUCGUCUCCUUCAUGCUCCGGGCAAUCAGCAUCUUUGUGAAGGACGCCGUGCUGUAUUCCGGCUCGGCCCUGGAGGAGAUGGAGAUAAUCCCGGAGGACGAGUUCCGAUCCAUGACCGAAGCUACCCCGAUGGAUAACUCAACCAUGGUGGGCUGCAAAUUAGUCGUGACUCUCUUCCUCUACUUCCUGGCCACCAGUUACUACUGGAUUUUGGUGGAAGGACUCUACCUUCACAGCCUCAUCUUCAUGGCCUUCUUCUCGGAGAAGAAAUACCUCUGUGGAUUCACGUUGUUUGGCUGGGGCCUUCCGGCUGUGUUUGUCACAAUAUGGGCAACUCUCCGAGCGACGUUAGCAGACACCGAGUGCUGGGAUUUAAGCGCCGGCUAUUUCAAGUGGUUUAUCCAGGUGCCCAUCCUCACGGCCGUGUUGGCAAACUUUAUCCUGUUUAUCAAAAUCAUCAGAGUCCUUGCAACCAAGCUCCGAGAAACAAACGCAGGCAGAUGUGAUACCAGACAACAGUAUCGGAAACUGUUGAAAUCCACCCUGGUCCUCAUGCCAUUAUUUGGAGUCCACUAUAUCGUUUUUAUGGCCAUGCCCUACACGGAGGUUUCCGGAAUCCUCUGGCAGAUUCAGAUGCACUAUGAAAUGCUGUUUAACUCCUUCCAGGGAUUUUUCGUGGCAAUUAUCUACUGCUUUUGUAAUGGGGAGGUCCAAGCCGAGAUUAAGAAGUCGUGGAGCCGAUGGACAUUAGCGCUGGACUUCCGAAGAAAGGCGCGGAGUGGGAGCACCACCUACAGCUACGGACCCAUGGUGUCCCACACCAGUGUCACGAACGUCACCGCCAAAGGGGGCAUGCCGCUCCCUCUGAACGGCAAACCACCCUCGGGCGCCCUCAACGGACACCGGAAUUUGCCUGGCUACAUCAGGAACGGGUCCAUUUCAGAAAACUCAAUGGCGUCUUCAGGGCCUGAGCAUUACAGCAAAGAGGAGGAAUAUCUGAACAGCUCCGGACUUUAUAACGGCUACAAGCCAGCCACCCUGUUGGAAAAAGAAGAAGAAUCUGUGAUGUAA